AUCGAUUAAGUGGAUUAUUCCAAAGAAACUUUGGAGGAUUCAGAAAUGAGGUUAAAGACAUUUUUACAACACCAUGUCUUCCAUUUAUUGGAACAUAUCUUACAGAUUACACUUUUUUGGAUGAUGGAAAUCCUGAUAUGGCUGGUGAUAAAAUUAAUGUGGAUAAGAAAUUAAGAUUAUUUGAGUGUAUCAAUAACGUAAUACGGUUCAAAGAUACAAAAUAUGAUAUUGUUGCUAUUCCACAGAUUAUUUGUUUCAUUAAAAAUUAUUAUUUUGAUGAUGGAAUUCUCACAGAUGAGAAGUUGAAAUAUGAGAAAUCCUUAAAAACAGAACCAAGAGUAAAGAAUUAA